CAUUAACGGAUAAGAUCACGUUAGCCAUUAUCAUUUAACUUACACUAUCCUACCCCAAGGUGCACAAUACGCCUCCCAUUAUUUCAACCCAAAUCAUUACUUCCUUACAGGGAGAGAAAACCCGCUUUUGCAUUUGCUAGACAAAGCGUGAGAGAGAGGGGGACGACAGAGAGCAACUCAGUGAGUUAAGUUGAAAAUGGAAGGUGAACCGACUCGGAUAAUGAUAGGAGUGAACGAGUCAACAAUCAAAGGGUAUCCACACCCUUCGAUUAGUAGCAAAGGAGCUUUCGACUGGACUCUUCAGAAGAUUGUUCGCUCUAACACUUGUGGUUUCAAGCUUCUCUUCCUUCAUGUCCAAGUCCCUGACGAAGACGGUUUUGAUGAUAUGGAUAGCAUAUAUGCAUCUCCUGAUGAUUUUAAAAGCAUGAAACAGAGGGACAGAGUGCGAGGACUUCAUCUUCUGGAGUACUUUGUCAAUAGAUGUCAUCAGAUUGGGGUUGCUUGUGAAGCGUGGUUGAAGAGAGGUGAUCCCAAGGAAGAAAUCUGCCGUGAAGUGAGACGAGUCCAGCCUGAUCUCCUGGUUGUCGGAAGUCGUGGUCUUGGUCCUUUCCAGAGGGUUUUUGUUGGAACUGUGAGCGAAUUUUGCCAGAAGCAUGCUGAGUGCCCAGUAAUCUCAAUCAAACGUAGGGCUGAAGAAACUCCACAAGAUCCUGUUGAUGACUGAAUUUCUAUUGCUCUAUGUGAUUAGUUCCAUUAUGUUGAGAGGCGCUGAACAUUAGGAAUGCUUAUGCAUAAGGUGAAUGGUGGAAACUGGAAAAAUCAAGUGGAUGUUUCUGUUAAUAUGUUCUCAUUGCUACACAGUACUCGUGUAAAAGAAAUAUACAUUACCUAUUUGUUGGAAAUAUAACUAAUUUUUCUCU